AUGACAUCACAAGAACGCCUUGAAUUGCGUGACAACAUAAAGUUCUGCAUGGAAUUAGGUGAAACGCCUAAAUACACAUAUAAAAAGCUGCAGAGGACCAGAGGAGAGAAUGCUGUUUCCCGAGCACUCGUUUUUAAGUGGUUCCGGCGAUUCUCUGAAGGGCGGAAGUCACUUGAAGAUGAUGAAGGGCGUGGAAGAGGGUCGAGCGUCAAGCCGUCAGAUGUGAUGUCAAUUGAAGGUAUUAUCAAGGAGGACGCAAGAGUGACCGUUCGAGAGAUAUCACAAACUGAUGAGACCUGGUUAUACCUGAGAGAUCCAGAAUCCAAGCCACAGUCUGCUGUUUGGAGGCAAGCAGAGUCGCCACCUCAAGUACUGAAUCGAGAUCUUAUCCGGGUACUGAGGAAGAAGAGGAGCGACAUCCCCGUGGAGCGAUUUAUACUGCAUCACGAUAAUGCAUCGUUGCAUACGGCAGCCUCCACACAGCUCACAAUAGGUGUCAUAGGAUUUGAACUCCUGCCUCAUCCCCCAUAUUCCCCGGACCCUGGUCCGUUUGAUUUCUAA